AUGGCGCCCCUCAGAUGCCUCUAUCAACUCCAGGUACUUCCAGCGUCCUUCCGGCGACCUGCUUCCAUGCGCAGCAGGAGCAGGCUCACUGCUGUGCAUACUCUUAGCAGUCACAUGCUCCAGGGUUGCCGCUUGGCCGACAGGUUCUCCGUCCUCUUGUCAAAGUCGCCCGCGACUGGAGGACGGACGACAGGAAAUAGGGGCCCUUGUUCCUUCCACCCGGAGCUGAGGAAGUGGAGGCCUAGGGAGUUCUGCACCCGGGCUGGUUCUCCUCGGCAAGUGAAGGAUGACACUGCAGUUGCUUCUUCCCCCUCGUCACCACCCUGUCUCUCCGUCUCAAUUCAUUGCUGUAAACGUGAAUCCGUGAGUUAGCUUCUUCUCGUUCUCGUGCUUCAUCAAAAACUGAAUUUUACUUCUGUUCUCGCUUUGCAGAUAAUAUACUGCAUGUACGGGUGCGGAUAUCUGUCUUAAUAUUUUUAUGUUCUAUUAGAAACUCUUAAACUCUGAGCGAGAGAGAGAGAGAGAGAGAGAGAAUGCUCGUAGUGUAUAAUUUUCGCAAAUUAAAGAUAUGCGGAAUUUUUGGGAUGUUUGGGUCAUCGUGUCUAUCUACACUUAUCUAAGCUACCAUGGUAAGUUUCUUGACCGUUGUAGGCUGAGUAUGUUUGCAAUUAUCCCAUGGGGAUGGUUUCUUGAAGGUUGGAUGGUUCCUCUUAUUUACAUUCUUCUGUUUUGUGAAUCUGUAUAUUCUGACUACUACCAAUCACCUUGCCCCUAGACACAACCCAAACCCUUGCUUUUCAAUUGGAUUUCAGUCUUGACAUUGUUGUAACAACUUAAUCUCCCUAUUUUUCCGUCGUUAGUAUCUCCGUUGUAAGAAGAAAAUAUUUCAAUAUGGCGCAUAACAGUCAUCUUUAGCGUUCUCGAUUGUAAGAAAAAAAUGUUUGAAUAUGGCGCAUAACGGUUGUUAAUUGAUUGAUAUCCAUGUGGAUGGAGAUCUUGAGAAACUGAUCCGAAUUUGAUGAGACAAGGAAACCAGUUUCAUGAUACCGUGCUGUGGCCAUCUUAAUAGGUACAUUUUAUUGUGUAAUUGCUUGGCUUCUGGGAUCCGAAUAUGUCCUAUAAAAUGUCCAGUGGACUUAAUUAAGCACUGUGGCGCCUGUGAUGCAUCUUUGAUGCUUAUAGCAUGUUCUGCCAUCUUAUAUUGUUUUAGAUGGCAGGAUGCACUUUCAGAAGCUCUUUUAUGCUUUGGUGCGAGUUCUGCCAGUAUUGAUGAACCAAGUGACCUGGAAGAAGACGAGGAGGUGAGCAUUGGACAUUUUUUCCCAAAUCUUUAGUGUCUCUGUUUGUUUUUCCCUCCAUUGUUUAUUUGUAUUGAUAUUUCAUUAUCAAUCCUGGAUUCUUCCUAGAUCCGAAAUGAACGGAAAUCUUUUGUUUUCUAGUGAGAAAAGCAAAAAGAGUUGGAAACCAGACAUGGAAUAACAAUAUAUUUUUAUAUUCCAAGUCCAGAAAAUGUCAAUUGGAAGUGAAAUCUGAGGAUAACAUCUUGAUGCUGAGUGGAACAAGCCUUGAUGAAGUCUGUAACAUACUGCUGCUUGUUUGCAUCACCAAGGGCUCUCUUCCCUCUUUCCAGAGCAUUGGGUAGGUUCAUAGUGCAUCAUUAAAAGACUUAGGUCGCCGGUCUCUGAUGCUUUUUCUUUGCUGUAACUGGCUUUCCUGUGGUUCCUUUCCUUGGUUCAUAAUAUGGCUAAUCAAUUCCUUAGUUUCAUAUGCUACUUAGGGUGAUCACAAAGCUUUAAUUAUUAGACUAGAUUGUGUUGAUUUUUUCCACGACUUUUAAGAAAAGAAAUGAAGGUUUUUCAAGUAAAAAGAAUUCAGAAAACGAAGGUUAUAUGAAAGUAUUAAUGCCCAAGUUUUUAAAAUGAUGUUCUCUUGAGUGCGAAAAGUUGAAAGUUGAAUCAAAAUAGAAGGCUCAAACCCCAUAGGAUUAGUGUUGGAACCUGAGGGCAAAACAAAGGCUAGAAAACACUACAGCAAGCCUUGAAGUAAAUGUUUUGACAUUUGUUAGAGAAAUAGAGGGUAGGAAAAUAAGGGUUGGCAUUGGCCCCUGUGUGGAGAAGAAGUAAAACAAAACGAGUUUUGACCUCUAGUAUAGGAAAGGUUGACACCGGUGUAGCUUGUAGACUCGAGGGCUGACAACUAACUUUUCAUGGUUAACAACUAUACGGUUGCAAUGGUUAUUUGGUUGAAAUCAUAUACCAAAAACAUUAUAAAUCAGGCUGUUAGGGGAGUUGCCUUUUUGAAUGGUAUGUAGAUUUUUUUCUAACUAGAAUUACUAAUAGGGGGAGAGUUUGAAGGCAUCCAAAGUCUAUGUGUAUUGAGCUUCCCACAACAUCAUUCUCGACAUGUAGGUGUCUUGCUUCUUUAAUUCUGCUUGUCCAAACUUGUAUUCUGCAAGGCUUGAAAGGUUUAGUUGAUAACUCAAUUAAGUUUAGUGAUAUAGGAAUUAAUUGGUUCCUUGAGUAUAAGUUUGAGAGAAAUUAUGUUAGGGACAAUGAUAUAUGCAUAUUGUUGCUAUAAAAAGAGGGAUCUAAUGCAUCACUCUUUUUCUUGUAAAUAGGUUCUUUCUAUUAAGAAUUAUGAAAGAUUAGCCUUUGAGCAGUUUUCUAUGUGGUUGGGAUUUUCUUCAGUUAAAGCGUGGACCAUCUGUUGACCUUUUAAUCCCUUGAGAAUAGCGCUCAUUGUGAGCAUGUCUUUUAGCUAUCUUUCUUUGUUUUGUUUCUCUAUGCCUUGGAAGGUUCUCUUUUCCUCUAUUGGUAGUUUGUCUAUCCUCGAUUGGUAGUCUUGAAUCCUUUUUUUGAGAUCUAUACUUGUUUGUUGUAGUAAUUGCAUAAAAUAUUUAUGAAUAGAGUCAUGUGUUAAGGGUAUUGUAGCGCUCAAGCUUUGAUCUAAACUGAGACAAAAUCAUUUUAGGAUUCUGUUUUUUCCAUGGGGAGUGCAUGCCAUAAAUUAGUGUAGAUCGGCAAAUGCAAUUAUUGCCCGUUGGUGGAAUGUAAAUUGUUUCUAUUUAUUUAUGUUCACAUGUUUCUUCGUGAAAGAUAACUGUUAUUGGUUUUAGAAGCAUUUCUUUUUGUUCGAAGAAAUACUUUGUUUAGAAAGAGGCAUCACAAGGUUUCAGGUUUCAUUUGAUUUGGUGAUAUUACUCAUUCCCUUUUCUCACUUGUAUUAACAUCCUCAGGCGGGUAGCUCUACUGAAGGUUCUAGUGCUUAAUAUAUUAUAUGAUUUUUUCAGUUUUGUGAUGAAUAAUUAAGCUUCUUUGAUGCCUUGGUUUGAAAGCAUAUUAAUUUCAAAUAAUGAUUUCAUGUAGACCAAAUUAUUGAAAUCAUCUUUCCUGUUUAAUUUAAGUAACUGUUUCCUGCAGAUAUGUAUUACUUCCAUUUUUACCAUCGAUCAAGAUGUGAGCACUUGCAUCUCUUUUGCUGCCAAGUCUAUUGGUCUGAGAAAAACGCCGAAUUUUGAGGUCACAGUUAGUGAAGACUUUGAUUGGAUAGCCAAUGUAAAGGUAAACUAGUUUCGUCAUUCAUUCAUCCUCAUCUUUUCUCCUUUUUUUCUGUCCUCGGGCAUGAUACAUAUUUUCAAUUCUUUCUCGUCCUUAUCUAUAUUGUUGGUAUACCAAUGGCAACUCUAAAAUGAUUUCCCUUUUCUAAAUAGCCUGGUCUGUUAAAGAAAAUCGUUUGAGUAGGAAAGAAGGGGAAGUGAUGAUACGAUAUCGUAAUUUUGAUAUAUCUUUUUCUCUUCCUUCGUUCUCUUCUUCCUCUUCUUCAUCUUCCUAUAGUUCCAACCGCAAGGAAAACGAUCCCAGAAAUGAUAAGGUGUCAUUUAAAACCUUUGAUACUUGUAUUGGACAGAUGUGGUCAAGCCAUCCUUGUUUUCGGGCCAAUGAGUCUGUCCCUGAGACUCAGUUGAUCAGUCCUCUGUAUAUUAGUUGCAGUCGGAUGCUGUUAUUCAUGUGGGCAGACAUGGCAUCAUAUUGCUCAUAGUGUUCCAUCAUAAGGAGCCCGUAUAGCCGUGCUAUACAUCAAGGGAGAGUGUGGGGAAGGGACGAAUUGCUACUUUCCAGUUUUCCGGUUCAUGAGGGACGAUCGCACUAGAUGACAUAGCCUCCUCUUAGGAAGGAGAUUGACUACAUAUAUCUACAUAUAUUACUAUGUUCCUUUUAUGAUUUAAAAUAUAUGUGGUGCCAUCCACGUUCAAAAUGCUUCAGUAAAUACUCAUAUUGCAAUAAUUUGGCUUUUUGUUUGAAGUCCUGGUGAACUUUUCCAUUCAGACCUCAGUCUCGAGUACAAAAAUGUAUAAGAAUAUAAAUUUUUUAGAUAUAUUUGGAAACAUGUAUAUGAAAUACUUUUAUAUAAAGCUUUUUUCUGGCUUAAUUCGCUGCCAAGAUCUGGCUGGUAGGGCUAGAUUAUUUUGAUAUGGGUCAACUUAAUGUGACCCACUUAACGCUCAGAACCUCUUGGUACUGCCUGGAAUGAGACGUGGGCUGUAUUGCUCAUGUUGCCUAGACCAGAGAUUGGAUCCAUCACUGUUGCCUGUGUGACUUGACAGUCUUUUCUCACUUGGUUUUCCGUAUUUUUUGACACAACGCUUAACUUUCAGUGGCUACAAUUCUAGCUUUGAAUAUUGUAGAGUCAUCUUACUCUUCAUGCUGUCCAUUUGGGUACCUGUUUCCUUUGUUGAGUUUCUGCUUUGAUUGUUAAGUUGGCUUUUGCUGACCGUUCUCGCACUAUUCCUUGUAGUAGAAAACCUGUACAUGUCUAAAAGACUAUUCUUCUUCUUGCUUGGAAUUGAUGAAAAUUAUUGGGCCCAGGAUCUGUGCCUCAAAUAGGUCAUAGCGUGUAAUAACUUGAUUUUAAAUUAGAUCAAUGUAGAAAAUAAUUUCCACGUUCUUAAUGACUAAGAGUCUAACCAAGUUUUGCCCAUAUAUUUUUCUUAAUGAAUAAGAGUUAACAAUUUUUCAUUUUUCAGAAUAGAUUGAUUUUAACGUGUAAUAGGUACCCGUCUACGUUGUGGAUUUAUUCUUGAGGCAAAAGAUAUAGAUUUUGCAUUGAUUUAUCUCUUACGUAAUGUUGUUUGCAGGAAACAUUUCAACCAAUUCAGGUAACAGAUGGUCUCUGGGUUGUGCCUGAAUGGAGUACACCACCGGUAUGGCUUUAUCUGAAAACCAUCCACUAUCUCCAUUGCCAGUAAGAUAGGAAUGCCUUGAGAAGCAAGCUUUCGUGAAUGUUUUACAGUAUCACUAAAACUCACGAUAAUGCUGCAUAAUCUAUAUGUAUGAAAACAAUUUCUCUUUGAAGUCUAGUUUUCCAAAACAUACCUGGGAAUUAUGAUGCUUAAUUCAGUUGUCUUGUUGUUUAUACUCUUAUAUCAGCUCUAGAUCCAAAAUUCGGAAUGAAUUCCUGAGUCAGAGAUUACUAAUUGGAUUAUUAUUUCUUCAUCAAAUAUACUUGGUAUCUAUAUUCACAAUCAUGGUGUCUAUUUGGCUCAGUUUUAGUCUUUCUUCAACAUAAAAUAUUUAUCUGGAAUUUGUUCCAUGUAAAAAAGUGUUUGGAAACAUGGUGCAAUGGGUUGCAGUUCGAAUGGUAACAUGGUGAAAGAUAUCUUUUCUGAGGACCACUUAAUUGGAGAAAAACAUAAUCAGCAAAAACUGACCUUAUCAGGGCUGACUUUAUCAAUAAACGUCCGUGUCACUAUUUUAUGGAAAGUGCUCCUUUUAGUGUAUUGAAGUGCACCAUCUCAGGCUCCUGAAGACAAUGGAAGGUAGGGAAGAAGAGGGAGAAAAAAAAUGUACAUGAAGGAAGAGACUGCUUAAGGUUCUAGAUGUUUCUGGAAAUUUUAUUUACAGCUUGUGAAUAUGAAGUUGGAACAAAAGUUGAAGAUAACUGGGCAAGGAAAGUUGAAAAAUGUGUACGUGAUAUAUGAGUGGAAUGAUUAGAGAAAGGGUAGUGAUCUUGCUCUUCAAAUGGAAUGGAGAAAUGAACCAGUUCCUGUGAGCUGCGCGAAGAAGUGCUAUGCUGUUCUACAGAGGUUACUCUUCUUUUAAAAACCAUAUGUGGUUUAAAACAGUUAGAAGAUGAAAAUGAGGAAAAAUCAGAAACCAAGUAUAAAAGUUAACGAGAAAUAUUGUGGAGUAUCUAUCAUAUGAUGGAUAUAAUGGAGGUAAGAGUCAUAGAACAUGCCGUUGUGAGAUAUCCAAACUCUUUCAGCUAAUGGGUCAUAGCAUCAAUAUUCUUGUAGUUCAAAAGCUUUCCAAAGGAAAAGCUCAGCUCUUAAUUGCGCAGAAACUUGUUGCAUUCCAAAGGUGGAGGAUGAACAUAGCGCACACUAAAAUGUACAAAGAGGAGAAUGUUUAGAAGAUUGAAUGGAUAGGCUGGACUAAGGGCUCUUAUUUGUAAGAAAUGGUGAGCUUCGGCGAUUUAUCAGAAAAAGUGCUGUUAAAACUGUCACAUCAUGAAAAUUCAAUGGAACAGAUGCAUCAAGAAGAAGACUUUGGUUAACAUCUAGUAUAUAUUGAUGGUUCCAUUCUGCUAAACUAUGUUGUUGGUUGGUAUAAGGAUAUGAACGUUGAGAAGGUAUUCCUUUUCAUGAAGGGAUGUUUGAAAUUCAUGGAGAUAUUUCCUCCCCCUAAAUCUAGUAUCAAAUAGUUAAUAUGAGUCUUAAAUUGAUUUUCAAUCAUGUGAACGAAGGUUUGGAAAACAUGUAAGAUAAGAUGUGGCAUGAAGUACACCGGAAUAAAUCAGUUGAAAUUGUCAAUAAAUGUAAGAAACAAAUUAUAUUCGAACCUUGAUGUUAGAAGAAGGAUGAUUGUAAUCUGAAAAAUAAAAUAUCUUGCUUUAACCUAGACUAUAAGUAUAUUAAGAAAACUCCUUGGGAUGAGGAACUUUGAUCUUGAGAACUCAAUUUUAACAUCAUUGAUACUUUGCUGAAUGAGGGCGACUAGUUAACAAUGCCCUAGACUCCACAGGUUAUAUGACUCAGACUCAUUGAGAACAGAAAAUGUGAGAGGAUGAUGUUUUUAUGUCUGUAACACCCAACAUGAACAGCUGACCAUCUUUAUAGCCCUCCCCUACGCCCUUCCCUGUUUCCUGAUCUUGUGCCAAGCAACCAAUGAAAACGCCAAAACGUUUCGCAUUACAUUGAGUGUUUCAAGCAUCUCGGGGCUUUCAAAAACUUCAGGGUACAUAGGUGAUACCCAAUAUAUGUUUUUGCAAUUCUUGUGUAGAUUGGUAUAGCAUAUUCCAUUCUUCACAAGAUACUUAUGGAAAACAGUUCCCAAGUUUAGGUACUGGUUUCCUGUUUAUUGAAUUAUCUCUUCCUGUUUCGAACUAAAGCCUGAGCUUCAAGAGACAUUGAGAUCUCAUAGAGGACUCCCGUGAUUCCCUGAUGGAGGCAAGAGCAGGUUGGGGAAAUUUUCCGUAUUUUAUUGAAUUGUAUCCUAAUCAUUAGCACACAAAACGGUGGAUUUCUUUUGGAACAAUCAAUGUAUCUACUUAAUUCUUGACUCGUAAUAAAGCAUUGCAAAUUAAUUUCUGAUAAGAAAUGAUUUUUAUCAUUUAGGCGCACCGGGAUAACUGCGGUCUUUGUCUGCAUAUCCAUUGAGAAAUAGAUUAUUUGAAAAGUUUGCUGCUUGUCUGAUUUCUGAAACAAUCAGAGAUACCUUGGGGCGCUGUCAUUCAUGUGCUGCUAACCUCACGCGUUCGUAGAAGUUCAUAAUCACGCCAUACUCAUCAAUUUUUCUUCAAUUCAUGCCUCAACCCAGUACCUAUGAGAUUGUUGAUCCUCCCUUUCUCUUUCAACAAUGUGUGAACAAGUUGGGUCCACGAGGUAAUUUAUUUCAUCCAGCCUAUAUGCUACCUGAAUAACUCUGCAGCCCUCCAUUUUAUCGAAAUCGUACAAACUCCUCUGAUUGUGUUGUAGCAAUCUUCUCUAUAACCUCUGAAAUCUGUAAGGCAUGAGACGGAAUAGACAUCAGUCUGAAAUCUGAUAAGAAUGGAGACCAAUCCUGAACCACCAUUGACACAUGCAAAAACAAGAUAUCUGAUAAGAAAGAAAACCCGAUCCGCUCCACACAUUGCGGAGAUACCCAAGAAUGACUGCCGAAACAGGAUAUCCCAAGGGCAGACUAUUCUUAAUCAUAGUGAACAACAUCAAACACAGGCAGAAAUCUGGGUCACCAACUUGAGAUUGAAAUAUAGUAGAGAAUGGGGAGCAUGAAGAGUAUGGAGAAUUUUCCAGAUUAACAAGCCUAAACAUCUGAUACCAUGACACAAACCAAAAAGGAAUAAACAGGGGGAAAAUUUUCUGUCACAUCAAUUGCUGAUUGUAUCCGAGGUGACACCAUAUAUGGGAUACUCUUCCAAAUUUCGAAACCGAUCAACCUAACCAACUUAGAAAACUGGCCGGCAGCCCAACCAACAUAGGAAACUGGCCGGCAGCCCAACCAACAUAGGAAACUGACCACCAACCUAACUAUUAAUUAUACUUUUUCCCACAGAUAACAUUCCGCCUUAACUUUUGACCAUCUUCUGUUAUUAGUCAACCCGUAUGGAAGAAUUUGUUACCCCAACUUUCAUGUUAUACUUCCUCUGAUUCUACUGCAGUGCUGUUGUAUGAGAGUAUUUAGGGAAGUGUUUAUGUCAGGUCAGAUUUGUAGUGUUUAAGAUGGUCAUAUGAGUAUAGUAUUUAAAAAUUAUUUGCUUGGGUUUUGCCUAUAUCGAAAAAGGUUCCAAAUAAAAAUUAUGAUGUACAUUUGCACUAGUUUAAUGGAAAAUAUUCAAUGGCUUAUGGUUGUACACGCUUUGAAAUGGACAUAUGUUGUUGGGGGAGCCACAUAAACAUUGGAUUUGUUUUGUUUCACUGGAUUGGACUGUUGCCAUUACAGAAUAGAUUAGUGAAGCUCAAUAUAUAUGCACAUGUUUUAUUCUUUUGUUAUUCAUGACAGGACGUUCACGCAAGAAAUAUAUUCCUAAAUCCAGGUAUGGCAUUUGGAACAGGGGAGCAUCCUACAACUAGGCUAUGCUUGAUUUUGCUAAAUGGGUUAAUAAAAGGUGGAGAAGCGGUCUUAGACUAUGGCACAGGAUCUGGGAUAUUGGGAAUUGCAGCUGUUAAGGUAUACUGACCUAAAAUUGUUUUCUGAUUGAUAUUCGUUGGAGCACAAAGACAUUGAUGGGGUUCUACGAUAUAUUUUCCUUCUCAUUUACUGUCUUCCUUUUCGUCCAUUUGCCUAGGAAUGUUGCCCUCAAAUUUAAGUAAUAAAUUUCUUACUUUUUACAGUGUAAUCCUAAAAAGAUGAAUGGAAUGUGACAUUAUUUGUCUUGGAUGUAGGCAUAGUGGGUUUCAUCUGUUUCAGUUGUUCUAAAUCCACUGCAAUCUACGUAAGUCAUCAAAUAUUGAUGAAAUAUGGUGUUUUUGAGUGCACAUAAUUGUCAUCCUCGGUCUCAUUUGCUGUAUUUUUUAAUGUCCUCUUGACUACCAAAGACAUCUACAUCAUGUGGCUUCAAACUCUUUUAGUCCAUUUAUGACAACACAUUGAACUGAGUGUUGUACAUACUCACCAAAGGAUUUGCCCUCUUUUAUAUCAUAUUAUGAGAACUUUUGUGUCGCCCUGGUUAAGUGCUCGUUAUCAUCUAUGCUUUAUAGUGCUCAAAAAUGUUCUUUUAGCCCUGAUAUUAUUACCAGGCUUGAGGAUUUCUCUAACCUACGCUUUGGUCCGAAAUGCAGAUGGGUGCGGCCUUUUCAGUUGGAGUAGACAUCGAACCCCAGGCACUGUCAUCUGCCCGUCAAAAUAUUGCUUUAAAUGCAAUAGAACCUGGGAGGAUGCCCUUGUACUUGGCUCCUGUUAAAGAUCAGACGCGAAGUGACGGAUUGAAAACUAGAAUUGAGUCAUUUGACGUUAUUAUUGCAAAUAUACUAUUAAAUCCCUUAACGGAAUUGGCAGAGGAACUGGUUUCCUAUGGGAAGCCAGGUGCAGUUGUUGGGCUCUCGGGAAUCUUACAUGAUCAGGUACGGUGCUUGGAAACCCAUUAUAGGAUUCAUCCUUUAGUACUGUCAAUGGCUCUGGCCAGGCCCUGGCCCUUAGAACCUCUGUGAACCUUGCAUUGGGCCUGAGAAAAGCCUCAAAGGUGGGUUCUAGACUGGACUUUUAUGAAUCCUGAACUGCUGCAGAGGUGGGGAUAACUGGGGGUUUGGGAGUUAUGGGAUGCUUUUUGACUGCACCUCGUCAAAAAGCUAGACCCUGCCCAUAAAACGUUGGGGAAAUAUUCCCAGAGCCUGUGAAAGCGUUGCAACAUGAGAGUUUCUAACGUUCAACUGUUCAACUUUACAAUAAGUUGUUGCUGCUGUGUGCUGGGCAAUUAUUUUUCUCAUUCGCCCUUGUGGAAGGGUUUGUUUCCUUUUUACAAUCAUUUACAUGGCUUUAAUUCCCUUCUCAGGUCCCCCAAGUUGAAGAAAAGUAUUCAAAGUAUCUGGAGAGCAUAUCCGUUUCUGAGAUGAAUGGUUGGGCAUGUCUCGCUGGUACCAAGAGGUGA